CGCUCCAUAGGGCGGGUCUUUUCCUCGGCCGGUUUCAAGAUGGCGGCGGGAGGGUCAUCUCGGCGCGUCUUCGAGAUCUUUGUCGCUAGGGUGCCCUGGACCGCGGCGGCAAAUGACCUAAGGGAAUAUUUUGCUCAGUUUGGCACUGUGAGGAAAUGCUUAUUGCCAUUUGAUAAAGAAACGGGAUUCCACAAAAGCUUUUGCUGGGUUGGAUUUUCUACAGAAGAAGGCCUCAAAAAUGCCUUGCAGAAGGACUCGCAUAUUCUAGAAGGGGUUAAGCUUGAAGUUAAGCACCAAAGAAGUAGAGGUAUUCCAGGCCAACAUUCAGAACGAAGAAUUGGGGACAUCAGUUAAAGGACAAGAUACUUUAUUUCACUGCCAUGUAAAGAAACAAAAAUAAACUUGGAUAUAUUCAUCUCAA